GUUUUAGAGAGAGAAAUCUAUAUCUUCCUCUGACCCAACUUUCCUUUCUUUUUCUUUCUGAUCUGCUCCUGUCUUCCAUCUGUUCGACGAAACUCCUCACUCAGUUUUUUCAUCUCAUCAUGUAUCAACUCACCCUUACUUCUUAAGGGUUUCAUGGUUUUCGGGUUUUUCAAGGUAUGGAUCUUUAAUUUUGCAUUAUUUUACUGUCAUUUCUGUGCCCUAAUUGGGAUUUUGAUUCAGGGUCUUCUAUUGCUUUUUGGGACAGGUUUAAAGUUUUCUUGGAUCUACUUGCUUGCUUUUCUUAAUUCCAUCAAGAAUGAAACCAAAACCCUAAAAUUUUCUUGUUUGACAUUUUUGUUGCGUCAGUGAUUCCAAAAGUCAAACUCCCAAAAUGCAGAUUUGAUGGAUUUCUAACUGGUCAUCAACAGCCACUUUCACAUCUCAAAUCCUUUGAGCAAAGAAUUUGUGUCCAUUAAUUUCCUUUGAAAAAUGUCGUUCCGUAGCAUAGUUCGUGAUGUGAGAGAUGGGUUUGGAAGUUUAUCAAGGCGUAGCUUUGACGUGAGGCUGUCAGGGCAUCAUAACAGAGGAAAGUCACAGAGUUCGAUUAAUGAUUUAAAUGAUAAUAAACCGUCUCUUGUAAUCCAAAACAGUCGGUGGGCUAAUCUCCCUCCUGAGCUUCUUUUUGAUGUAAUUAAGAGGCUAGAAGAGAGUGAGAGCACGUGGCCUGCAAGAAAACAUGUCGUCGCUUGUGCUGCGGUUUGUAGGUCAUGGAGGAGUAUGUGUAAGGAAAUUGUUAGAACCCCCGAAUCAUGUGGGAAGCUUACUUUCCCGGUUUCAUUGAAGCAGCCGGGCCCACGUGACGUUACUAUUCAAUGCUUCAUCAAGAGGGAUAAAUCGAACUUGACAUAUCAUCUUUUCCUGUGUCUUAGUCCCGCUGCCUUACUAGUUGAAAAUGGAAAGUUCUUGCUGUCUGCAAAAAGAACUAGAAGAACUACCUGUACCGAAUAUGUGAUCUCCAUGGAUGCUGAUAACAUUACGAGAUCAAGCAACACUUAUAUCGGAAAGCUCAGAUCUAAUUUUCUUGGGACGAAAUUCAUAAUAUACGACACGCAGCCACCGCAUUCCGGUGCGCAGAUCCCAACACCAGGACGAUCAAGCCGAAGAUUUUAUUCCAAGAAAGUCUCACCGAAAAUGCCAAGUGGCAGCUACAACAUUGCCCACAUCACCUACGAGCUUAAUGUGCUCGGCACACGUGGGCCCCGCAGGAUGCACUGCGUCAUGCACUCGAUCCCUUCCUCUUCCCUUGAGCCAGGCGGGUCCGUGCCAGGUCAGCCGGAGCUCCUCCUUCCGCCACGCUCCCUCGAAGACUCCUUUCGGAGCAUGUCCUUCUCGAAGUCCCUCGACCACUCCACAGAAUUCAGCAGCUCUCGGUUUUCCGAGAUCAUGAGAGCCGCUACGUCCACCGAUGCCCCCGAUAGCGAAAAGUCGAAAAUGCCCUUGGUCCUGAAAAACAAAUCGCCUAGGUGGCACGAACAGUUGCAAUGCUGGUGUCUGAAUUUCAGGGGACGGGUGACGAUCGCCUCCGUCAAGAACUUCCAGUUGAUCGCGGCCCCACCGGUGGCCGGAACGUCCCAGCCAGCACAACCACCACCAGCGGACCACGAUAAGGUGAUCUUGCAGUUUGGUAAGGUCGGGAAAGAUAUGUUCACGAUGGAUUACCGGUAUCCCUUAUCUGCAUUUCAAGCAUUUGCAAUCUGUUUAAGCAGCUUUGACACCAAAUUAGCCUGUGAAUAGAAAAAAUUGACAUUAGGGUUUCUAAAGACAAAUGGGCAAAGAAAGCAAAUAGCAAUGCAUUUCUUUGGUUGCCCAUUUUGUGUUUACCCUUACUCCCCUCAUUCUCUCUCUCAGUAGAUUGUUGUUGAAAUUAAAAACUCCAUUCAUAACUGUUUGUUGUAGCUUUGUGUCUCUGUUGACUCUUCUAUUCUCUUCUGUUUAGGGUAAAGAUAGAGAAAAGGUCUGUGCAAAUGUCUUAUUGGGACUCAACCUGUCUGAAUAUUACUGAGCUUAUUCAUGACUGUUUGGUGUAA